AUCUCUCUGAGUUAGGGGUUCCUUCCCGGCAAGUGCAGCCCAAGGCGAUUCCCAAGGGCCGCAUCUGGAACUUUAUCCUAAACUUUGCUGAGUUCCGCAGCUGAACAGCGCGCUGCAACUUCCUGCAACGCACGCGCGUCCAGGCGGAGAAAGGAAACUCCGUCCCCGGCUCGGGGUGUGUGUGGGAGAGAGAGAGAUGGGCGAAGAGGGAUCUGGAAGCGGGGCUGCGCUGGAGUGGAUGGCGUGCAGGCUGGAUCUCCCAUGAACUGCUGUAAAACCAGAGCUGUCAUAUUGCAGGUUGAGAGUCUAGAGACCAUCUGUUCUUCCAUUUGGAUGCAAUGGAAUCAGCAGCAAGCACAAUGUUGAACAAAGGACCCGAUUCUAGGAAAAAUGGGGUUACAGCCUUGUUUACAAAGCAUCUUUGGAAGGCCUUGCAUCUGUCUUCCCCUGUGGCACUUUCCCAGCACCACACAGGUUCCUGCCCAGACUUGGUGAUGAACAGGAAUGAAGUGCUGGAACAAAAGAUCAGCAUCAGAGAAGCCUCUUCCAGGUCCCAGUCACCCAUGAAGAUUCACCAGCCACUGUGCUUAUCUAUCUCAUCAGAUGGUACCAGGCAGUACAAUGGCCUGGUCUCUCCAGAGAACCUUCAUGCUCAGAUGAAGCAAGCCCACAGUGGUGGGGCAGCCAGCAGCACAGGUUUACUGGAACGGGUGUCCUUGUUCUGUGCCUCUGUAUCCAAAUCUACCACGUCCAAGCCAGUGGAGUCUCCAUCCAAGCCCAAGUCUUCCAUCCAGGCAUCUUUGCUUUCUCCAUUGCUGUGGAAAGGCAAUUUUGAAUUCAAUUCCAGCCCCUUGUCUGUUUCUAGCUCCAUGAAGAGCCACCAUGGGAGUCUCAAAUCUCGGGCAGCCAGUGACCCAAAGCCAAGGGAGGUGCAGACAGGCUUCAGUUUCUUGGAACCGAUCAUUGCCAGGGUGACGGAUUGCAUCUAUCUGGGGAACCUCUGUGCAGCUUACAGUGGGCAGGCGCUUUGCAAGAACAACAUUGACAGCAUCAUUGACAUGAGCAGUUUGCCCAAGGACUGCAGACUGAGCUUCAUCCCCUGCACUUGUAGCCGAGGGCCCCAACAUAGCUGGUCCCGCCUCAAGGUGCACAUCCCAGGGCCUUUGGAGGAGGAAUGCCUGUCUCUGCAGCAGCCAUGCUUCUGGGACAUCAAUGAGUGCCUUGAGGCCUCUCUGGAGAAAAGAAAGCGGGUUCUGAUUCACUGCAGGGAUGGCUACUCUCUGGCUCCUACCUGUGUUAUUCAGUACCUGAUGGUCAAGCAUCACAUGAGACUGCUGGCCGCUUACAAGUUUGUCCGAGCAAGGUACCCAGUUAACAUCCGAGGGUGCCACCAAGACCUGCUGGUGGGUCUGGAGAGAUCUCUGUGGCCUGGAGAAGUGGACAUGGAGUGCUCUAAACAGGCCAUGUCGAGGAAGAUGGCAUGGACAUAGGGCCAAACUAGCAUGCCAGGGCAGCAGUUUCAUGUGUUUAAACAGAACUGUCUCGGGCAUGUAGAAAGAGGGUGCUGCAUGUGCCUUAAGCCUCCUCUUGCCUGCAACCCCUCUCCCAGCUUACUUCCAGUAUUUAACAGGACUAACUUUUUUUACUCCAGGAGCCGCAUGCCAGUGGAGCCUUGUGGCCAAAGUGAAAGUGGGAAUGGCCACUCUGGACCCACUGUUUCUUGCACUCACCCACUGGCAGACACACAUACAGCACACUCUCAUCACCCAUCCAGAGCAAGCACACAUACAGACAGCUUAAACACUCACACAUAUGCCGGUGCAAAUUCUGUCUCUCGUUCAUAAACACACGGCACACGAUGCACACACACACACACACACACACACACACACACUCAUCCCCAUUACACUACUGAGCUUUCUGGAGAGGUUUAAAUCUCUCUACCAAGCACAGCAGUGCAGUGCAGAGGACAAUCCCAGUGUUUCCUCUUCAGAGACUGGUCUCUGAAAACCAGAGACAGUGGCUUUCCUCCCAAUUUCAACACUGUGCUGGAAGGAGAGAAACCAUUUGAAAAGGCUUGGCAGGCCUGAUUUGGCCCAUGGCCCAUGGGUUUACCACCCUUGUGGAACUGCUGCCAUCAUGCCUAGCUUGCCUGUUAUGCGGUAAAUAAUAGAAUACUAUGAAGUGCCACGUGAGCACUAAUGCAUAGUCUGAGCCUGUUCCACAAGGCCUUUUGAUGCCAUUAUGAUGUUUCUAAUAUAAAGAAGCUGCCUUGUAUUGAGCUGCCUUAACCCAUUGGUCCAUCCUCACCCAGUAGGUUCCUUUGCAGCCCAACAAUCAGAGAUCCUUCAGUGGAAGAUGCCAAGGACUGAUCUUAUAUAUCAAAAAAAAAAUGUGCUGUUGCUGAGCUAUGGGGGCAGGGCUAUAUUUAUCCUGCAUUUAUUAUAAAAAAUAUUCGGUGGUGGUGGUUUUCUCCCCAUAUUUUUCCUGAUUUGGCUAGUAUUGAGUAGGGUAAGACACUGAAGCUCCACUCUUCCACCACUGGAAAUCUUAGCUGGGUUUCUGAAGUUGAUCAGGGAUUGUCAAGACAUUUUCAAGCAAAUAUUUACAAAUACUUAAAAAGCUGCUUUUUAAAAAAACAUGAAAACUGAGUUUCCCAGAAAAUGAAAAUACACAUCCGGUACCACAAUCUGUGAAGGUUUUUGUAUGUGUGCUCCUGUGAAAUUGCAAUUUUGUGUACAGCCCUGACCCUCGCUUAGAUGUUGGGAAGCACAAACACAUUCUUAAAUUGCCCACUUCAGUGAGGUAAAUGGCUCUGUAGCAGCCAAGUCUGUUUCCAUAACUCUGUAAAUGGGAUAAUUCAGUCCAUUCAUCAAAAAGGCAUUGUAGCCCUCUUAUUUGUCAAGGAAAUUUUGCAAUGUAGAACGUUUAAAGUGGAGAUGUAGAAUGUUUAAAGUGAAGAUUGUCUUGACAGCACAUUCCAGCUGCAACAAGAUAUAAGUUUGUCACAUCCUGAUAUUUGUAUAAAAGUCUCUCAGUCAGGGACAGAUAGGGCACUGGAGAGGAAGCAUGUUGUCAGUAGUGGAAUUUAAAUUUGGUGCUUAAAAAUCCCAGAUUCUAUGUUUGGAAUAAAGUAGAUAUUUAUUCUUUCUUCUGGGCUGUAAUCUUGCUUGUUUUUUCAGAUUUUAUCUUGUCGUUUCAGAAUUUGGACUUUUUAAAUUAGGAAUACUAGCCCAUUUUGUCCAUAGCAGGCUGAUGCAGAUUAUUGGUUGCCAUGUGGUACUAAGGGGAGGCAUGUCUGUAUAGAUUUGGAUGUGGGGUUGGGAAGUGAGUUGCCCUUGAGCCUUGUUCUAUAGCGCCUGAAAAAGGCUAUGAAUUUUUUGACACUAUCAGUCAGUAGGGCUGUGGAAUUUUAACACAACAUGCACAACAGACAGUGUGGAUGCUUUGCGUUCCUAUGGUUCCUCCAAAUCUGUUUCAAUAUAAUUCCCUGACAGUAGCUGAGUAGCAAUGAACACACAAUCUUUUCUUUACUCUGCCUUCCCCACUACCAUACUGAUCUUCCCCCUUUAAAAAAUCCAGUACAAAGCAUGGUUCAAAACAUGAUAGUUUUGCAUCUCCCCUAUUGUGUUCUCCAACUAGCUUGGCCAAUAUUCACGGUGCUGGUGAAGCAAACAUCAUCCCUCCUGUGCACUCUCCGGGAGUAAGCCAGAAAUUCAGCUACUAUUGAUUGUACCAGUUGGCGGUUGAUAGGCAGGCAGUCUGGCAUGAUGCAAACUUAUCCAGGUGACAAACAUUGAUGCUACAACACUUGAUCAUUUGUAAGGCAUUUUGAUCAAAUUUAGGCUUAAAAUGUGUUAUCCGCUAACAGUGUUUUUACAAUGUGAGAUGUGACGUUAAAUAAAGAG